AUGAUCGAGAAAAAGCUGCGAAAUGUUUUUCAAAUCUACUAUCAAUCGGGUACCGACGUCUUGUCGUCGAUCUAUAUUGUUAAAUCUGGAGAGACUGCAUCUCCAGAGAACCCCACCCGUAAUGAUGAUGAUGAUUCACAUGAACACACUCUCUAUGAGCUAGGCUCAUUCAAGUGCACCGACGGCCUCAACCCCAACACCUUGGCGGAAGUACUAGUUGGUUAUUUCCGAGACACAAACGACCAGUUGACCGUAUACACGACCUAUCUUGUUCUCAAUCUCCAUGUCGCUGCAAGUGACUCCACGCCAGAUGAGCCUGCUUCUACCAUAUCGGGAAGUCAAUUACCAUCGGAACCUGAACGAGCAGGCUCAAUCCUUGGGAAGGCUCUUAGUAACUUUAUCUAUACCCCGGCUCAGCUUGCCUUGGACCGAAGCAAUCUGAACGAGUCAUGGUAUAGGGUCGAGCAGAGCUACAUGCCUAUCACAGAGUACUUUACCGUUCAUGAAAAUGCAGCGGGCGAACAGAGUACCCCAGAUGGCUGGCCGUCAUCAAAAUACAUUCAGCUCGCGAAACGUGAUCGAGUGCUCAUUGAAUAUGGGUCUAUUGCUCCCCAGCUAGCACAUUACAAUCUAUCUACCGAAGGUAAUUCGGUCUUUCCUCCCAGACACAUGGCUUCUGACGUGAAGGUCUCCGCAACCACCAACGGCACUCUCACUUCAGGCUGUCUGUAUAAGCCUGGGCUCACACGCGUAUCCCAAACCAACUCAUCAUGGGCUAUAUCAAAUCAUCUUCCUGUCCCUGAUGGUCUUUCCACAGAUGAGACGAUGCAUUCGCUAUCGAAUGUUCUCUCUGACAUUACAGCUUGUGGUCUCUCGCCAAUGCUCAAAACCACCCUCUUUGGUCAAACUGCAGACCAGGAAAUUGAACAUUACCGUAAUGUCUCCCUCUCUUCAUCCUGGGCUUGGGCAAUCGGUGAACCACACGAUGCAAAGUAUCCCGGCGGCGACGGUGAUCCCAAGUAUGACCGCUGUGCGAUCAUGGAUCUAACGCUCAACGGCCACUGGCGAUCCACAAACUGCACUGAGCAGCGACGGGGUGCCUGCCGAAUUGGUGAUUUGCCAUUCUCCUGGGCCCUGUCAGACACGUCCGACUCUUUUUCCCACGUGUCGAACCAUUGUCCACCAGGAUCGACCUUCGCUGUACCGCGCACCGGUCUCGAAAACACGUAUCUCUACCAACAUCUUCUUUCUCUCCCAGAGACAAAGAUCAAUUUGGGUUCCACAGACCCCGUCCUUCGAGAGGUCUUUGUGAACUUCAACUCGAUGGAUGUUACUUCCUGCUGGGUAUCCGGUGGCUAUGGGGCCACCUGUCCCUACGCAUCUGACCCGCAGCAGCUCGAGCGCCGAACUGUCCUUGUCGCCGCAAUUGCGGGUAUUAUCAUUCUUAUCAUCACAGCCUUGACUUUCUUUGUCAAGUGCAACGCCAACCGCCGCAAUUCCCGGCGCAGAAAGCGUGUCAUUGGUGGGUGGGAAUAUGAAGGUGUUCCCUCAUGA